AGCUCGGCUUAGCAGCAGGACUCUGGCAACAGACGCUCCUGCUCCGGUCCAGCCCAGCCUGUGCACUGUGCUGCUGCUAUGGCCUCCGUGCCCACCGCCUGGUGCUCUGUUGCUCUAGCCCUGCUCCUGGCCCUACACGAAGGGAAGGGCCAGGCUGCUGCCACUCUGGAGCAGCCGGUGCUCUCACCCCAUGCCCAAGGUGCCCACCUGCGGCUCCGCCGUUGCUCCUGCAGCUCCUGGCUCGACAAGGAGUGUGUCUACUUCUGCCAUCUGGACAUCAUCUGGGUGAACACUCCUGGACAGACAGCUCCUUACGGCCUGGGAAACCCGCCAAGGCGCCGGCGCCGCUCCCUGCCAAGGCGCUGUGAGUGCUCCAGCACCAGGGACCCUGCCUGUGCUACCUUCUGCCAUCAGACACCCUGGGCUGAAGCCGGGACAGUCCCAAGCAGCCAGUCCCCUGCAGAUGUGUUCCAGACUGGAAAGACAUGGGCCAAGGAAGGAGAGCUUCUCCAGAGACUAAGGGACAUCUCUGCUGCCAAGAUCCGCUUUGCCAGGCGACAGCGGGAGGCAACAAGGGAGCCCAGGCCAGCACACUCCAGGUGGAGGAAGAGAUAGCACCACAGGCUGGAGGAACGUUGAGACGGAAGCCCGUGUGGAGGCGGGAGGAGAGAGGCCGCUCGUGGAGGCCCUCCACCUGUUUCCUGGGCCAGGGCCUAGGCCCCAGCUGGCUGGACCCACUUGCCGGGACUGGCACAGUGCUGGCCUCCCCACCCGCGAGGGAGCCUUCCUCAAGGCAGCUUGGUGCACUCACGCUGCGCAGCAAAGCCCUCGGCCCCCAGACGGCAGGGCAGUCUGCUGGCGAUGGCUGCUGGCCCACAGGCCUGCAGGAAGUGACUGAGUGGGGCCUAUGUGAACCUGGAGGCCAUAACCUGAGGAGCAUCCUGUUUGCUGGACUACAGUCCAGAAGGGACCUUGCAGUGCGGCACAUCUAUGGCAGUCCUGGAGGCUGUGUCCCAGGAGCUGGAAUCCUGACCAGCCCCAUCUGUCCUCUCUGGCUUCCCCUUCCCAGAGUCCUGGUCCCCCUCAUGCCCUUGGGACAUGCCGGUGAUAGCCUGCUCUGCUUCAUCUCUCUGUAUAUAACUUAUUUGCUCUAAGGACUUUGAGAAUCCCAAUUAUUUAUUUUAAUGUAUUUUUUUUAGAUCCUCAAUUAUUUACCCAAGAACUUGUGUUUGUAAUAAACAA